AUGAGCUCUGACGGCGCUAGGGUUUUGGGUGACACAGAUGCCACCAUAGUGGAUAUUCCGGGGAAAGGUCAGCCGCCGGGGGAUCCUCCGGAUGGGGCGCCCUCUUGGGCCUCGAUGGUGACGGGUACGAGUGCAGGAGGCCGACCUAAUCCGGAGAGUUUGUUGACUGAUGAGUUUGUUGUGGAGAGGCUGAGUGUAGAAUUUCCGAAUGGCGCGGAAGGGGAGGCGGUGGUUACGAUCGGACAAGAGGUUUUAGAGGUGAUGAAUGGGUUAUGGAAGCAGUGUAUGAUUGUGAAGGUGCUGGGCAGAACGGUUCCGAUUGCCGUGCUCUCCAAGAAACUGAAAGAGAUGUGGCGGCCGAAGGGGGUCAUGAAGGUCUUGGAUCUCCCACGAGGCUUCUUCAUGGUCCGGUUCGGUGAGGAGGAGGAGUACUUGGCAGCGCUAACUGGUGGCCCGUGGAAGGCGUUUGGUAGCUACCUUUUGGUGCGAGCGUGGUCAUCGGACUUCGACCCGUUGAAAGAUGAAAUUGUCACAGCGCCGGUUUGGGUCCGACUGUCACAUUUGCCGGUUAACUUCUAUCACAGAGCAAUUCUGAUGGGGAUAGCGAAAGGGCUCGGCAAGCCGCUGCGUGUCGAUCCAACAACAUUGAAUGUGGAAAGGGCCCGCUUCGCACGGAUUUGUGUAGAGGUAAAUCUGCGUCAGCCAUUGAAGGGAUCGGUGAUGAUUAAUGGAGAGAGGUACUAUGUCUCGUAUGCAGGUCUUACAAACAUCUGUUCGAGGUGUGGAAUCUAUGGGCAUGCGCUUCAUACAUGUCCGAGGAGGGCCCCGCCUUACGCGGUGGAAACAGAGGCGGCGAGUGUGACGAUGGGGGUGGUGAGUCGUGGGGAAGCAGAGGACGGUUUCGUCAUGACCCGGAAGCCAAGGCAGGCGGCGGAGAUGUCUCAACGACCAGUGAUUGAGGAAGAUACAGCGGAGAUUGAGGCAGGGGGAGGAAAUGGAACUAAUGGAGGGGAUAAGGAAAAUUCGGUGAGUUUGGGUGGAGAAAGAAAUGGCAAAGAGAUUGCACCAAGCAAAGAAGGAAAGUGGGGAAAGGAUUUACGCGGUUCUAAUCACAAUUUCCAAAAGGGAGUGGGAGAGAGGAAUGUGAGCCCGAGCAACGGUGGAGCUGGCAAAUCAGGGGGCCUUAAUGGGCAGCGGAGAAAGUCCAAGAAUAAUCAACCCACGAGAGGUGUGACUUUUGGCCCAGUGGAGACAAAUAUGGACAUGCAAUCGAGGGGGAAGAGAUCGAGAACUGAGAGAGAGGUCCCGGAGAGGUCGGAAAGUCGUUUCACGCCAACCAAUGCGGAGGAUGGAGCGGAGGGAAUGGUGGUUCUAGUGGAAAGCGGAAGUCAGAUCCAGCGUAGCCUUGAAGUUGAUGCAGCGGCAAACUCGCUGCUGUGUCCUCCGGUGGUUGAGGAAUCUCAGGGAGACGGAGGUAUGGAUUUGGCAAGGGAUUAG